GUUGGUCAGGAAACUGAUUUUCGGGAAGCACCGGAAACAGCAGGAGCAAGGGGGCAAAGUGAAGAACUCUGAGUUGUUGAGCAAGUUUAAAGAGGCGCUCAGCUGCAGCGAUCCUGUGGAAAAGAAACAAAACAGGGAUCUUUUCAAGAGCUUUGUGAACAAUAUUGCAGUCGUUAAAGUCAUAGAUGAUGUUAAGUUUGUUGUUGUAAAGAAAAAUUAUCAAGGAUUUGGGAAAAAUAGUUCUCUAAUCGCGCCAAAAAACGAGUUCGAGGAUACUUUAAGCCGCUUCAAUUCUUCUGUCUCGUCCUGUUCCCCUGAGCGCACGAGCGUCCUUAAACAUGGGUCCGGUAAUAUUGUUCAGUCUGCAGUUGAAAACAAUAACAAUAAUACUUAUUUUACCUCACAUAUGAAUGCGGUCGGUCAAGGCUGUAACCCCGAAGAUAAUCUCCGGCAAAACUCUGCAUCAGGAGGAUGCUGUAACUUGGACUGUGAAAGACAACAGAUGUCCCGGCGAAACGACACAAGUGUGCAAACGGACGUUAAACAGAGGAAAACAGGUGCAGUGUUUGCCAUUAUUGCUACGAAAUCACCUCCAACCUCAAGCAAUGAAGAACAAUUACACACUAAAGUUCUGAUUCAGGAACCUGUAUCACAACAGCACUUGCAAGCCAUCAGAAUAACCCCACCUCAAAGACGCCUAAAAAAAACAGAGACCACAUCUCGUAACACAGGUACAGGGGAAAAGCCCAAUGAAACGGACAGAGACACUUCUCCAGAAACCAAACGGAGGCAGCUGGAAACCAAGUUACCCGACACUCCCCAACUGAAGAGGAACAACAAGACCACAAAACCAAACAAUGAGCCCAAGUACUCCGAGGGGGUCCCCCUGGAGCUUGCUGAGCAUGAUUGGCUCGUAAAGUCUGCUGCGGGCCACUGGGACCAGGUUUAUGGCCUGUUGCUUCAGGACGUCCAGCUGGCAGACAAGAGGGACUUCAUCUCGGGGUUCACUGCACUGCACUGGGCUGCCAAAGAUGGAAACAAGGACAUGGUCCGCAAAAUUAUCGACAUCUCAAGGGACAGAGGCGUGGAGGUGGACAUAAACGCCCGCUCGCACGCAGGUUACACCCCACUGCAUAUUGCUGCCAUUCACGGCCACAACAUUGUCAUUUCUCUGCUCGUGCGGGGCUACUGUGCCAAUGCAAACGUGAGGGACAACAGUGGCAAAAAGCCGUACCACUACUUGGACCAGGGGGUCAGUAUGGAGGUCAGAGAACUCCUCGGAGACCCUCACAUCAUCUCGCAGCAUCAGGAGGUGCCCUGUGAGCAGGAGGAGGAGGACCACAGCCUCCCCGAGCUGCCGAAGGGCUUCAACACCCUGAGCAAGCUGUUUCACCCGCAUUCGGGUCACAGAAAGAAGCACCGCCACAGGCCCAGCUUCCACUUCGUUGGAAGUGAGGACCCCAGAGAUGACCGCAGGGAGCACGUCCUCUCUCGCAGACUCUCAGAUAUGUUCCAUUGACUGCAGACUUUCAGUCAGCACCGGAGUAUAGUCUCCUCAGAGACUGGUGUGGUCCCUGUAAGUUUACUAAUUUAAAUGAUAGGGAUUGUG